AUGGGUGAUCUAGGAGGAAACAAUGCUAACGGAGAUAAUCAGUCUUCUAUACCUUUUAAGUUUGCCAAGAAAGUUGCCAAGACUCUGUGUACUAGAGAGUUGGAGAAUUUGAUGGAUUUUCUACAGCAAGAGAUUGACAAGAGAAAUCGUCUGAUUCAGUACGAAAGAGUUCCUCAGGAAAAUGCUCCACUUUAUGAACUAUGGAAGAGGAAGAGAAUUGCAAGAGAUGUGAGGAAAGCUAGAGAAAGAGGGGAGAGAGAUGAGGGGAGAAGAUUUUUUGGAGAAAGAACCGCAGUGCAACUGAAAGUUGGAGAUUUGGAGGAAGAGAACGAAGAUGACGAAGGAAGUGAAGAUGCAGGUGAUGGAGGUUAUGGAAGUGCAAAUGAAACAGGCAGUCAAUAUAGCAAUGAUUACAGCGAUGAUGAGAUGGGCAUCGACGACGACGACGAUGAUAGCAGUCAGCAUAUCAAUGAGAACAACGGUGAUGAUUCUGAAUAA